AUGAUGGCACCUCCGAGCGGCGCGGCCUCAUACAAGAAGAAGGACGGCACCCUGACACUGACCCAAGAUGAGCAGACGCUCACUUGGAACCCAGCUGCUGCUGGGCCUACGGCUCUGAACAUAGCCGUGUCUACUAUUACCAAUCUGCAACAGACACCCGCAACGAAUCCCAAGGUGAUGCUCAAGGUAUUCGCCCUCGCCCCAAAUGCUCCGCCGAAUACCACACCAGACCAAUAUGUCUUCUUGUUCACGGCUGGGCCGGACGCCGCCCGCCCGCAGGCCGACGCCCUCAAAAAUGCUCUCAGUGCCCGGAUGAACGCAGGGAAGACGGGGACGCCCGUGCAAACGCCAACCCCUGGUGCGGCUGGUGGAGGGGGUAUGUCUGCAGCGAUGGCCAUUGCCAAUGCAGUCUCGUCGGCUGGGUCAUCGAAGAACCCAUGGGACGACGAUAAUAAGCUCAAGGGCGAUGUGGAACUGCAGCAGUCGCUGUUGAAGGCCGACCCCACCCUGCAGCGGAUGUUCAUGGAGUCGAUUCACACGAAACCCGAUAGUUUGACUUCGGCACAGUUCAUGUCCCAGUUCUGGUCGACCCGGUUACAUCUACUGCGGGCACAUGCGAUUGAGCGGGCACAGACUCGUGGCUCAUACAACGUUUUGUCGUCGUUGAAGCCGCGCGUGGAGGAGAAUGUGACCAGGUUGAAUAUCAGCAAGGAGCAGAUCUCGCUGAUUUUCUCACAGCAUCCCCUUGUUAAGCGGGUGUAUGAUGAGAAUGUCCCCAAACUGAGCGAGCAGCAGUUCUGGUCGCGAUUCUUCCAGAGUAGACUGUUCAAGAAGCUGCGUGGAGAACGCAUCUCCGAGUCGGACGCUACGGAUACUAUCUUGGACAAGUAUCUACGAGAAGAGCAUACCGACACGAAUCGUGAGGCAUUCGUCCCGCACUUUAUGGACUUGGCUGGAAAUGAAGUUCAUCACAGUCAGCGCCGUGGAAACAGACCGGAUCUGGAUAUGCGACCAUCUGGUGCAGACAAGGUGCCCAUUAUUCGGACACUCAACAGUCUCAGUGAGAAGAUCAUGGCCAACGUUGCACCGGCGGAUGGUGAUGUUACUGCCCCCAUCGGAAUGGACGAGGAGACUUGGCAGAAGAUGCAGUUACGAGAUCUCCAAGGCGACGAGGAGCAGGCCCAUGUCACACUUAAUAUUCGCGAUCAGAACCGCUUCUUUUCACAGACUCAGGAGGAUGAGCAGACCCGGGCAUUCGCCAAGCAAGACCCAGACCAGAUCUUGAAAGCCCUUCAAUCCGAGAUUUCACAGAGUUUGCCACUUGGCGGCACUGCUCCGCUUCAGAAGCUUGUAGAUCCAGGCGAUGACGAAGACGAAGAGAUGGAAGAUGCACCGGCCAGCAAGCGUCCCGUCGGAUCAUCAGCGGCACUCCAUGAUGCAUUCGCACAGAUUCUGGGUGCGGUCCGCGAGCAACGCGAUCAGUUGAAUGAGGGAACUACAUCCGACACCUACGGUCUUUCUGCAGGUCUUUAUGACCGGUUGACCCUAACACACGCAACAUCAACCGAGUUCCUGAACCAAUUCUGGCAAGCUUUCCUCUCGGGUAAUCCCGAGCGAGCUAGCGAAGUUCAGUCUCUAUCCGAAUCGCUUGCUCGAGCCAUAGAGCGAAUCAAGGCCGUCGCCAACGAUGCCGAAGCUGAACGGCAGGUUGAGGUUGACCGGCGGAAGGUUGCGGCGCGCGAGUACUUUGAAAGAACCAAGCGCAAGCCCCGACUCAAUCUAGAUGAUAUCGAGGGUGGUCAGAAAGUGGUCAAUCAGCUACUUGGACCAACUUUGCAUGCAUUGCAACUGGCGCUAGCCCGCUAUAGAACCACGCUAGAAGCGGAGAAGGCGGAGGCGGCUAGAGAAGCAGCCUUGCUAGCAGUCUAG